CUUUCAGAAAGCACGCUUUGUUGCCAUAAAAAAGAAAAUUCAUCCUUACCUAAAAUAUAUGUGGGAUAUCCCGUAGAGUAAUAUAUUUUAUGUGUACUUGACAAAAAACUCUAUUCUAUCUUUAAUUCAUAUUUUAUCUAAAAUAAACAUAUACAAGUUGUCGAACUCGAAUUUGAGGGAGAUAAUAAGUCGCUAAAUAUUGAAUGAGAAGCAGAACGUAUAGGAAGAAAAACAAAAAAUCUCGAGUAGCGAUCGCGCGUUGCCCGACUAUCGAUACAUCGCUCGUCGAGUUGCCGCGAACGUCGAACAGGUGUCGUUCUGUCACUCGGCGAACCGCCCUAACCUCGGUGCCGUUCAUCGCGCUCGUUUCGCUCCGCGCCGCGUCGCGCGAUGUCAGGCGUAUCCUACGAGUUUAGAGUGCGACGACGGACGACGAUGUACGCCCGCGAGCUAUCUCCUGCAUCGCGCCGUUAAGUCGGGUAAAUCGCCGCCGAGGCAAGGAAGCGCUGAUAAGUCAUGUAAUUCUACGAAGCUUCGGUGUCGCGAAGAUAUCUCAAUUUCAAGUUUCGUCCAAGGAUCUAAAUCGCGAGUUUGGUCGCGCGGAGACUGGGUGAUGAGCAGCUCGUGGUGCAAGCGGAGGACUGCCGUCGUUGAAAGAUGUUUCGCUUCAAGAUUCGCAUCCACACAUGUCAAGUGAUACUGCUGACGUCGCUGGUAUGGUUCCUGGUCGACGUUAUGGUGCUCAUGUUCUAUUCGGACUGCAUCGGAGGGUCCGGAUGGAACUGUCCAGAUAACAAGCAACAGCAGUCCGCGCUUCAGUCCGAGGAGCCGUCCCAAGUACAUCCGAAAAUCCCAAUCGAGGAGGCGCAAGCCCUGAAACACGAGUACGCAGGCACCAAGAGGCAGUAUCCGCAGAGCGCGUUGCAUGUAUGGCGGUCGGCGAGAGUCAUCAAGGAGAGUAAGGGCAAUCCCGGCGAGAUGGGAGCAGCGGUGCACAUCCCGCCGGAGAAAGAGGCCAAGCAGCAGGAGCUGUUCAAGCUGAAUCAAUUCAAUUUAAUGGCCAGCGAUAUGAUCUCCUUGAAUCGAUCCCUGAAGGACAUCAGACUCGAGGGUUGUAAGAAUAAGAAGUAUCCCAAGUAUCUUCCGGAUACGAGUAUCGUGAUAGUUUUCCACAACGAGGCGUGGACUACUCUGCUGAGGACAGUCUGGUCCGUAAUAAACAGGUCUCCCAGAUCGCUGUUGAAAGAAAUCAUCCUCGUGGACGACGCGAGUGAGCGCGAACAUCUAAAGCAAGACUUGGAGGACUAUGUAACCACGCUACCUGUUCCUACAUAUGUGUAUCGUACCGAAAAGAGGUCGGGUCUGAUAAGAGCGAGGCUUCUAGGGGCGAAACACGUCAAGGGACAAGUAAUCACGUUUCUAGAUGCACACUGUGAGUGCACCGAGGGUUGGUUGGAGCCGUUACUCUCAAGAAUCGCUAACGAUAGGCAUACCGUUGUCUGCCCGAUCAUAGACGUCAUCAGCGAUGACACUUUCGAAUAUAUCCCAGCCAGUGAUAUGACGUGGGGUGGUUUCAAUUGGAAAUUAAACUUUAGAUGGUAUAGAGUUGCCCAGAGAGAAAUGGACAGAAGAAAUGGCGACAGAACGGCACCGCUACGAACACCAACUAUGGCCGGCGGAUUGUUUUCCAUUGAUAAAGAAUACUUCUACGAGUUGGGCGCGUACGACGAAGGCAUGGACAUCUGGGGCGGCGAAAAUCUUGAAAUGAGCUUCCGGGUAUGGCAAUGUGGUGGAACAUUAGAAAUCAGCUCGUGCUCUCAUGUGGGACAUGUAUUCCGGGACAAGAGUCCAUAUACAUUCCCUGGCGGUGUCAGCAAGAUAGUCCUGCACAAUGCGGCCAGGGUGGCCGAGGUCUGGAUGGAUGAGUGGAGAGAUUUUUACUAUGCCAUGAAUCCAGGAGCGCGUAACGUCGAUGUCGGCGAUGUCUCCGAACGGGUAAAACUCAGAGAACGAUUAAAGUGUAAGAGCUUCAGAUGGUAUUUGGAGAACAUAUAUCCGGAAUCGCCAAUGCCGCUAGAUUAUUACUAUCUCGGCGACGUGAAAAAUGUUGAAACGCAAACUUGUUUGGAUACUAUGGGUAGAAGGACUGGAGAGAAUGUCGGAAUUAGUUAUUGUCAUGGAUUAGGUGGUAAUCAGGUAUUUGCCUAUACUAAGCGGCAACAGAUAAUGUCCGACGAUAUGUGCCUUGAUGCAGCUAGUCCACAAGGUCCUGUGAAGAUUGUGAGAUGUCAUGGCAUGAGUGGUAAUCAAGCAUGGGUUUACAAUGAUGAGACCAAAAUGAUUAGACAUACAAAUACAGGUUAUUGCUUAUCGAAACCUCAUUCGGGCGACGCGUCGCAACCCGUCUUGACGCAGUGCGAUGUCAAUAAUAUUGGCCAAAAAUGGAUCAUGCGUAGCAAAUUCAAAUGGCAAGCCAGCUAAUACGAAUCGACUCUAAACGCCAGUUUUAUACGCAAUAUUUGUUAAUAUAUCUAAUAAAUGAUAACCGAGAAGAUGUGGACUCAGCGCGAAGAACCUUGCGCGCGUAGAACAAAGUAUUACAACAAGUGGCUGAAGAGACAAGUUCAGUAUCAUGCCUAAUCAUGAUUUAAAUGUGUGCAUUAAAUGGAAUUGACAGUGCGCGUGGAAUCGAAUCGCAUCGUAAGCGAGAUCGUAGUUAAUUGAUUAAAUUCUAUAGGAUCCAUUCGCUAUUGAUAGAAUAGUACCGAGAAUUUACUGCCAUUCUUUGUGUAUGGCACAGUCCUUAAGAGGUACGGCUUGUUUAAUGCACAUAAGAGUGACAGGGAUGAACUUCUUUGACCGCGUGUAGACAUGAGUGUGGACUAAACGAUGAACAAAGUGAAUUCUUUUUCUUCUUUCCUGACUAAGAAAAGCAGUAGAGAAGAAAGCAUAUCAGAUGACACUGUUAUAACUAAAAUAAUUGUUAAUACAGAAGAGAGACAUAUUUGAUAAUUUCGGAUGAGUGCAAUGAUGGAUGAUUGAUUGACCAUUAGAUCAGUGCGCAAUAAUAAAAUGUGAAUAUCCUAGAAAUGCAUCGCGAAAUAAUGACGGAAUGAAUGCUCGAAUGCUAGUGAAAUCGAUGUGAUUACGCUACCGAUAAUAAUAUAGAAGUUAUUAUUGUACAAUCCAUUUAAUAACUAGGAAAGAGCACUGGAUCUUUUUAUAUUCUAAUAGUUCCUCCUCGUUGCAUCUCGUUCGUAUAAUUUAAUUGUUACGCGUCGUUUCACGUAAAGAAUGUACUUAUCCAGAUUUCACAACAAUGUAUAGAGAAUCCUUCCAUCAGGUUUUAGUUAAAUGCAUGCGAUUAUUGAUUGUCAUUCAUUACAGAGACAUAAUGCAAUCUUUCAAUGUUUUUUUAGAGUGUCUUCCCUAAUUAACGAUAACAAGCGAAUAUUUUCCCGGGACAUUAACAGACAUAGCGCACAUUUACGAAUUAUUUAUUAAUUAUUUCCCUAGAUGAUUUUUAUCACGAAAUUUACCGCGAAAAUAGAUCGCAAUGAAAAAUUACGCUUCAAAGUAAAUAAUUUUUAUAGACACUUGUAUUUCAUGCAGAAACUAAUUCAACCAGAUCACGUUGUUUCAAAUCCUAGUAUUUUCCUCUUUAAUAUCAUGUUUUGUGAUAAAAUGUCUUUUUUAUCUUUCCCACAAUUAUGAAAAUUACAUUUUAGCUUAAUGUAAAAAAUUCCUAAAUUUAUAAUUCUUCAGGAAAAGUAUUUAUAAAUUUGCAUUCUUGUGAAAUAACUUCCAAUACGAUUUUAAAAGAUCUUCCUUUGUAACUGCGAUUGAAUGAUAAAUAUACUCAUUAUUCUUAUGUAAUCCAAAAGAAUGUUAUGGUGAUGGUGCAACGUUAAUAGCUUGACAUUUGUCUUUUCUAAGACUGUGGUAUUUAUUUUUGUAUAAAACACAAAUUGAGAUAUGUUAAAAUAAGUGAUGUUAUAGUUCACUUUAUAUAAAUGAUCUA